AUGUCAAAUGUUUACCUACUGCCAGUUGCUACAUUUCUCAUUUUUCAAGUGACUUUUUUGGGCACUUACAUUGUGGCCGUCUUAGAGGGACAUGUUGUGCCCACAGUGCCCUAUAUAAGCGAUGCAGCCACCUACUCUCCGGAAAGCUGUAUUUUCGGGCAAUUAAUUAAUAUGGGCAGUGUUCUAUUGGGACUUACUAUCUAUGUGCGAUAUCGCCAUAUAAUGCAAUUGUAUGAGCACCAUCCGGAACUGGACGCCACUUUGGUGCGACACAAUCGUCUGUCUUUGUGGUUCGGCAUGGUGUCCUGCCUGGGCAUAAGCAUUGUGGGCAACUUUCAAGAAACUAAUGUACGGAUUAUGCACUUCAUUGGCGCCUUCUGUUGCUUUGGUUGCGGCACUUUGUACUUCUGGAUGCAGGCAUUGAUGACGUACACCAUUUAUCCCAUGGCCGGCACAAGGAAAACGGCUCACUUGCGUCUGGGCAUGUCCGUCUGCUGCACGAUCCUGUUCAUUAUGCUCGCUGUGACUGGCAUCAUGUCGCACAUCCUGUUCAAUGGACAGAAUCCGCGGAAGUGGUAUCCGUCGGACGGCGGCUGGUAUUACCACGUAAUAAGCACCAUAUCGGAAUGGAUUAUCGCCACCAUAUUUUCGUUUUUCAUACUUAGUUUUACGCCCGAGUUCCGUGAUGUUUCGCUACAGCAUCCGCAAAUUUCAUUGAUGUCUUACACUAUGAACGUAUAGAUGAUUCAUUAAUUUUAUUCAAAUACGAUUUAUAUAGUGUAUGCAAAUAUCUGAAGGUUCGACAGUGGAUGACAGUCUCAGUCACGACUGUUCCAUUGAAUCCACAGGCUAUGCUCUACAUAGGAUAUGCAAACUGCUAUCCCCUAUUGCCUAAGUACCAAUAUGUAGUGUAGGAUUUUAAUCAAUAUCAGCUGUCCUUAAUGGAAUACAUAUGAAUAUACAUG